AAACUGAGCUCUUGACCAUCCAUCCGACGCCUUGAUUCUUCAAGAUAGUCACUCUCAUUUCCAGCAGAACAGCCAAAAGAUCUGCCACUUGCCCCGCUUCAACCCUAAUUAUAUUCAAAGUCACCUUCGGAAUCACCACGAAGCCCAGCCUUUCGUUUUCUUUCGUAAUUGCAGUGAUACGAAAGAUGCAUGUGUGUAUGCGAAUAAAAGAUACGUAUAAUAUACCAUAAGUUAUGUUCGCUCUCUAAACCUCGUUCGAACAAGGAUGUCCUCAUCGUCGACCUCCAUCAUCAACCAGAGCCUUAGCGAAGAGCAAUGGGUGAAACACAUCCAAGACGCCCUCGAUCACGGGAUUGAUAUCGAGAACCUGGUCUCUGUCCACUGCGUGCCCGAAUCGAUCAGCUCCGCGAAGCCAGAGGCCUACAUCCCGCUCCACGUCGCACUGGGACCGUACCACCACUUCCGGCCGCAGCUCUACCAGACGGAGAACCCCAAGCUGGCCGCGGCCCAACGGGCACGCGCGGCACUGAAGCUCCCGGGAUUUGAUCGAACAGCUGGUUUGCUCCAAGCGCAGGAGGCGAAAAUCCGCGCGAGCUACCAGCUGUACCUGGAAGUCGGCACGGACACCCUGAAAUGGAUCAUGACCAUUGACAGUUUGUUCUUGCUCGACCUACUGUACAGUUACAAGCACAAGCGAGAGAAAAUGGACCCAGAUAAGUCGACCAAUGUUCGGAGCGAGGAAGACUCGAUUGGGGACGAUGAUCAAGGGGGGAUUGUACAGAUGACCCGAGACUCCAUUGUCAAAGACGUGAUGAAGGUGGAGAAUCAAAUUCCGACCUUUGUGCUGAGGAAAAUAAUGUUGCAGACCAAGGAUUCGAUGAAUGAAGUGAGAGAAAAUGAAGAAGAUGAGUCUAUAGAUAGGGAGCUUGGGGUGAUGUUGAUGAGGUUCUGCAAAGCGAUAGCGCCUCUCAGACUAGAAAGGUGCUCGCCAUCUGAAGCUGUUCGCCAUCAUAAGCAUUUGCUCGAUCUCCUUUACAAUCUCAUCUUGAGAAGAACAGUCCCAGAAGCAGCACAGACGAAGAAGAAUGAGCUUAGAGGUGCAAGCUUUGGCUAUCUGAUCAAGAUGCUAUCGAUACCAGCAUCAAAAAUCACUGAGGCAUGGAAUGAGUUGUCGAAAUUCUCUUUCAUGAAGAAGCUGAAAGUGCCGACGGAGCUCAUCUUCAGGAUAAUUCAAUUGGUAAUACCCGGAUGCUCUGAGAGCCUUCAGAAAGACCCUUCUCAAGAAUUUGUUAUGAUUCCCACUGUAUCGAAGCUCCAGAAAGUCGGGAUCAAGCUGUGCUUGGCCGCAGGAGGUAUCAGAACCAUCACGUUGGAUUUGGAAACCGCUGCUCUGAACCUCCCUCACAUCAUUUUGAAUGCUACCACCGAAGUCUUGCUGCGAAACCUUGUGGCCUACGAAAUGAUAUCGCAGAGUGGUUCCUGGGUUCUAACGCGAUACACGGAGUUAAUGUAUGGCCUUAUCGACACCUCCGAGGAUGUGAAGUUGCUGAGGGAAGCGUCCAUUGUCUCAAACCAUCUGAACAGCGACGACAAGGUCGUGCAGAUCUUCAAUGGGAUGAUCAAAUCCAUAGGUUCCAGAAGCUCUGCCUCCGAGCUGGACAAGACGAUUCAGGACGUCAACAAGUACUACAACAACACUCGAAGGGUCAAGGCUUAUAAUCACAUGAGGAAGUACGUGUACUCUUCUUGGAAGUUCCUCACUUUGGUCGCCACGGUCGUGCUCAUUUUGCUCAUGGGUCUGCAGACAUUUUGCUCCGUGUGGAGUUGUCCUCGGUUAUUCCACACAGAAUAAGCAUUUGUAUCGUACAUCACAUUAGAGCUCGUGUGUUUUAUUUUCAUACUAACUAGACUUGAGCACGCAUGUUCAAGUUGACAUAAAUAUGUAAAAGUUCAAUAAGAAGCUAUUGAGAAU